AUGGCGGACCCUACGUACAGAGCAGCUCAGCCAGGCGAAUUCUUCUGCCCAGCUGGCGGGAAAUGGUACGUUGAACGCACUGGCUCUGAAGCGAGACAGACCUACAAGCCCCAAUGGUCAAGUCGGUUCAGCAAUUUGAAAGAUCAAGUUCUGACCUUCUCAGGUAUAUGUGCGAAACAGGGACCAAAUUCGGGUUGCUGUAACGAAGAUCCCUGCAUGAACAACUCAACAUGUCCGGAGGGGAAACUGGAGCCCACGUACUGGGACCGACCGGAUCAGUACGAAUACUUCAAGCAUUUAAACAUCUUACUGUCAUCCACCGCUCCUCAGUCUACAUCAACUCUGUUACCUACUGGUUUCUCCUCGUCCAGCAGCGGUUCUAAAUCCUUGGGCGCAGUUAUUGGAGGUGCUGUUGGAGUCACACUCGGUUUCCUGGUAAUCGUCGCAGCUGUUGUUCUCCUCCUCUGGCGCCGGAAGAGACGAAACCGGAAGCAAGACCUGUCCAGACCCUCUAUGAGAGAGAAUAAGCCUGAAGCUGGAGAGUUGGCAUCGCCAGUUUCCGCUGGUACAGUUCCUCCCACAUACUCUUGGGACGUAAACGGCAAUCCCCCCGUCCAGCAACGAUGGGCUCACAACCACUCCGAGGUGUCAGGCGAAGACUCAAAAGACUCCCCACGCAGUCUUUACACCGAACUGCACUCCGAGUCCUCCCUUGCUCGCAUUGCUGAGCUUCCUGGAGCUACGGCGGCAAGGGAGCUUGACACGCCCGACAUCACUCCAAAGCCAUUGCAAACUAGUUUUGAAGAUGAUAUGGCGAAACAGUCACAUGGCUUGGAUAUUGUGACCAAUGCUGAGGAAGAGUCGAGGAAGAGCGCGGGGAAGCGCUAG